UUGCAUGUCCCCGCCCCCCAGUGACACGGCUGGCGCGGGCGGGCCCGUCCCCCCUGCCCCUGGGUCGCUCUUUUUAAGCUCCCCUGAGCCGGGGCUGCGCUCCUCUAAUUGGGACUCCGAGCCCGGGCUAUUUCUGGCCCUGGCGCGGCUCCAAGAAGGCAUCCGCAUUUGCUACCAGCGGCGGCGGCGGCGGCGGCGGCGGAGCCAGGCCGGUCCUCAGCGCCCAACACCGUCGCUCCCGGCAGCUCGGAGAGCGCACCGCAGGCCGGCAGCCGAGCUCGCGCCCAGCCGUGGCUCCUCGCCUGCUCUGCUGACGAGGGAAGAUGAGCGAGUCGAGCUCGAAGUCCAGCCAGCCCCUGGCCUCCAAGCAGGAGAAGGACGGCGCUGAGAAGCGCGGGCGGGGCCGGCCUCGCAAGCAGCCUCCGAAGGAGCCCAGUGAAGUGCCAACACCUAAGAGACCUCGGGGCCGACCGAAGGGGAGCAAAAACAAGGGUGCCGCCAAGACCCGGAAAACCACCACAACUCCAGGGAGAAAACCAAGGGGCAGACCCAAAAAACUGGAGAAGGAGGAAGAGGAGGGCAUCUCGCAGGAGUCCUCAGAGGAAGAGCAGUGACCGCCGCCCGCUCCCUCCCGAGGAGCAGUUUCCUUCUGGGACUGGACAGCUCCGCUCUGCUCCCGCCGCCCCCCCCAGGCCCUCCCCGCCCCCCACCUGUGCCCUCCCCACCACACUACACCGCACACCAGCCGCCACAGGGUCCCUGGGCCCGAGUGGGGAGCCGCUCCCUUUGAUUUCAGGUCCCAGUGACCCCUCACCCACCCGCCACACCCGCCGUCCCGGACAAAGCUGACUUCCACUUAGCCGCUCCCACGCUGCCACACCCCUGCUCCCUGCGUGGUGGGGGCCUUGCUGGCUGGGCUCUCGGUUUGGGGAUCCCCUCUGCCUCUCCCCUCUGGCUUCCCGUUAAGGGGCCUGGGAGGGCUCCCCUGGCCUUAAAAGGGGCCCAAGCCCCAUCUCAUGCUCUCAUUUGGACACGCCCCACGCCACUGUACUAGCCGCAGCAGGUGCGGCCACUGGAGAGGGGCGACUGCCCCGAGAUGCCCCCCACCACCCCCAACCGACCUGUGUCUCACCGUGGGGUGGCUCACACCCCCUCUCCUUCCCGCCUUGCCUUGUCCCCACACUAGGUGGGGGCCACCCUCUUGGGGGCUCAGGAAGGAAGGUAGGAAUGUAAGUCCCCUCCCAGCUCUAGGCAGGCUCCAGCCCACCUUGCCCUCACCCUGGAAUCCCAUUGCAAUGAUGGAAAGCAUCCCCUUGAUCCAGGUGAGGCCCGAGGCCUGGGCUCCCUGCAGCAGCCACUUGCGUGAGCUGGAGCCACUCCCCGCCCCUGUCUGCUUCUGCUCCAGGCCUCAGUUUCCCCUCGUCCCUUCCCUCGGGGCACUAAUAACCAGGAGCUAGUCUCGCCCACUCCCACCCUUCUGCUCCUCCCCAACCCCCAAGGUUCUGGUUCCAUCUUUCCUCUGUUCACAAACUACCUCUGGACAGUCGUGUUGUUUUUUGUUAUAUGUUUUGUUCUUAGACAUCCGUCGCUGCUGCUGCUACCAGCGCCAAAUGUCCAUCCUCAUCGCCUCCUGUUCUGCCCACGUCCCCCUCCUCCAAGAAGCCCUUAGGGGAAGGGGCCUGGAGCAAAGCAGGCUGGGUACCAACUCCCCCAGUCCCAGGGAAGGUGGGGUCCUGCCCCUAGGAUGCUGCAGCAGAGUGAGGGUGGGGAGGGGGGGCCCGUGUUGACUGUCAGGUGUAGGGGCCACCUUCUCCACCUGUUCUGUCAGGGAGGAGGUAGCCAUUAUUUGUCCCAGCCUGGGGCUCCCCUCUGGUUUCCUAUUUGCAGUUACUUGAAUAAAAAAAUAUCCUUUUCUGGA